AUCAGCAAGUCCUUCCGCUCUCUAGCCUUGCACUCCCGCCCUAACCCUUCUUCCCCGUAACCCCACGGGAAGGCGAUCCAUGGCGGCGGCGGCGGGUUGGCUCCGGCGAGCGGCAGCGGCGGCGGCGGCGCCUCGCCUGCCUUCAGGCCUUCCUAUACUACCUACUCCCCCUCCAGCCCCUCUCACAGAGGCCCAAUCGUUCGUGCUCCCGGGCAUAGGCACCGCCGUCGCCGGCGGCAUGGACCUCAUGGCCGUUCCCAAGAAAAAGGUCUCAAAAUACAAGAAGGGUUUGAGGAAUGGACCGAAAGCAUUGAAGCCGGUUCCAGUGAUUGUCCGUUGCAGGUGCUGUGGCCGAGUGAAGCUGCCCCACUUCUACUGCUGUAGCGGAGAAAAAGGGAACCCCGGCGACUCAAGCUCAUAAACCUGUUCUGUUUCUCCCCAAGUUCAGUCUGCACUCAGCACAUCAAGCAAUGUCUGAACACUAUUCCACCAUGAACGUUUUCAGAUCUCAUUUUGUGUUCGGCCGCUGUUCUGUUUUCAAGCUUUUUAAUCAGUGUACACACUUUAAACCCAGCUUGGAUUUCAAAACUCCCCUUGUCAAAAACUCAAAUGCCACUCGUGACAUGAAUGGAUGCAUUCUGUCUGAGACAAGAACCAAAUGUGUGCAUGUGCCUUGCUAGAAGAAAGAAAUAAAGGGCCUCAUCUUUUUUUUGCUUA